AGAGGGUUAAUGGUAAACUAUUGUACAGUCGGAGGUUGUAACAACUGUGAGAGCAAAGAGACCAGUGGCAGGAGAAGCUUUCUGGUUUUUCAUUCCGUCCCAACAGAUCGAAAACGUUGAGCACUUUAAUAUGAACGUCAACUUGUGGAAUAUCAAUAUUCUGGGAGUGGGGUUCAUGCUCAUCUUCUCCGCUUUCAAUGCUGCUAGCUUUAUGGAGAGUAUUGUGUUCAAGGACUAUGCAAAACACGGCAUCACUAUAGAGACAGGGUUCCACAGUCUAGCAGUUAUAUACGGUGUCUUGGGCUUGUCUAACUGGUUCGCUCCUGCUAUCGUCAACAAACUAGGCAGCAAACUGUCUCUGAUUUUGUCGGUGAUACCAAACAUUUGUUUCAUUUUCUCGAUGUACGAGCCUUAUCAGUGGUCUAUCUACCUCUGUUCAGCCCUCCUCGGAACGGGAGGUGGCAUUCUGUGGACUGCUAACGGAGAGGUGAUAGCGAAGAACUCACCCGGUGACACAAAACCCAGGAACACCGGUAUAUUCUGGUCCUGGUUCAAUAUGAGCGCUUUAGUGGGCAACACCUUCCUGUACUUUCAACUAGGUAACUCAGAGACGAUAUCAGACGAUACCAGACACACGAUAUACCUGGUACUAGGCGGGUUCAGUGUUGCUGGCCUUCUCUCUUUUGUACUACUGAAACCUAACGAGACGCCGCUGGAUGAGUGUGAGAUAGACGAACAAUCAGCAUGGCAACCAAUUAAAGACGGAAUGAGAUUUGCUGUUUCGCCCAACAUGGGGCUGCUUUACGGAGCAUUCAUUUUCACUGGAUUGUCCCUGAAUUUCUGGAGUUCAGUGUACAUAGUGAUAAUAGGAAACGUGUUCCCCAAGAGAAACUACUUAGCUCUGGCUGGUAUCUGUGUCGGAAUCGGUCAGGUCUCUUCUGGGUUUGUAUGGAGCGUGCUGACCUAUAAGAUAGGAAGGAAAGGUGUGCUGAUGUGUACCACCCUGGUUUACUGCAUUGCUCUUACUCUGGUCUACCUCGCAUUCCCUUCUGAUGCUGCUACUACAGCGGAGGUGAGAGCACAAGGAGUCCCGAUAAUAGCUAGCAAUAUCUACCUUUCUCUGUUCAUAGCUUUACUAAUUGGGCUCGGUGACGGGGGUUUCAAUGUUACUAUCUACGCAACUCUUGGACAACUAUGGGAAGAAACUCCAGCGCCAGCGUUUGCAGUGUUUAAGUUCGUGCAGGGGAUGCUAGCUACUGUAGCAUUCCUUUACUGCGGUGUUCUCCUGCUGCCUUAUCAGCUACUGAUACUAGCGCUCACCUGUGUUAUAGGCAGUUUCUGCUUCCUGAUAUUGGACUACAAGUGCGCUAGACAGGCUGAGUACGAGGAGCUUCCUGAUAGGCGUGAUCUUGAUAGACGCGAUGUUUCCGGUAAUAACCAGUUUUACGAGGAACUCGAGCAACCUUUGUUGCAGGGUGACGGUUAACAUAAACUAUUUUUGUUCAAGCGACACGCCCCAUGAAAAGUGAGAAAUGAAAGAAAAUCAGAACAUAAUGAGAGAUGUAAGCUAUGAUGAUCUGAAACGCUUGAAAGCUUGCUUAGUUUUUAAGGGGAGACAGUUGUAUGUAAGGUGAUGGUAAACUGUAAUGAUUUGGCCACUUUACUUUAAUUUUGUUUCUUGAUAGUUGAAAUAUUCCUUUAAGAAGAGAUUGGACGUUCCCAAAAUUGCUUAAUAUUCCCAAUAUAAUAUAGAGGUAUUCUGUUCAGAAAUUUGUUUAAAACGAAUUGGGUGCAAUAUUUUAAUUCAACUAUUUGAUAUCCGAAAAAUCUCAUAGUUUUAAUGUUCUACUUUGUUUACUGAACACAUCACGCCUAAGUUAUUGUUUUUUAUGAAAAAUUUAAAUGAAUUACUAACUCGCUUUCCAGAAGAAUGUUUGAAACUUCUGUAUCACAUUACAGUGAAUAUUUAUAUCAAUGAUUCGAAUCUUCAAUAAAUCA